UUUUUCAUUUGUUUUUUUUUGUGUUAGCGUUUUAGUACAGUUAGUAUAGUUCAUAUUGUUAGUAUAGUUCAUAUUGUUAGUAUAGUUCAUGUUGUUAUAUUUUGUAGGUUGGUAUUGUUGGUUAGCAUAGUCCGUGUAAUUAGCAUUAUUUAGCGUUAGUAUAGUUAGUUGGUCACCAUGCUUCAGGGGCGUAAGGCCAUUACCACUGGUGAGGAGGACUUCUGUAUUUACGAGAUCCCCGAGAUCACCAGUGAGGGCAGCGUCCCCCCCAGGAAGCAGUCUGAUGUGACGUUCAUCAAGAAAACCCAGAAGGACCCCGCUGGCCUCCAGGGACUUUGUCGUGAAGCCCAGAAUAUGAAGACCUCAAGUCACCCAAGUGUUGUCAAGUCACUUGAGGUGAUCAACACCAAGGAAACGUUGGUUCUCCUUUCAGAAUACGUAAGCAGAGACAACCUGCGUGACGAUUUUACGCACCAUGGCCAAGUGACGGAGGAGGUUCCAGACACAUUCUGCCGGCUGUUAUCGGUGGUGGAGUACUGCCACCAACAAGGUAUGAUAGGCGGGUAUCUGAAGCUGGAGACACUGCUUUUUGGCAAGAAGCUGAAGGUAAAACGCACGGGGGUUGGACUGAGCAUCCAGUUUGCUGGCUACAAACUCCACACUUUCUGGGACAGCCCCCCUUAUUCUGCCCCGCGACUCUUCCUGCAGCAAAGGGAGGACACCCCUUCUGCAAAUGCUUGGAACCUGGGGGUGGUUUGGUACUGCUUGGCCACCGGGUUGGAGCCGUUUGAGGGGCAAGUCUUCUGGGACGCGGAACGAAAUAUCGAAAACAGGGAGCACAGUGCUCUGGUUUUCAUGUCCCUGGAGAGUGAAAACAUGUGGUACACGUUGACAACUAUCCAGCCCACGAUCAGCACACCAACCACAGUCCGCUGCUGGAGCUCCCUCGCAACCUGUUCCAGCACAGGCCUGUCCUCAGAGCGGAGUAGUCUGACCUCCGAAGGGACCAGCAUAGGGACCACGAUUAGCGGGCCCAGAUGCAACUUGCCAGCCACAAACUCCGACACCAGCAGUGAAUACAGGCAGCCAGGGAGGAUGUCCCUAGAGCCAAAAAAUCAGGUUCUCAAACCUCUCAAUAAAUUAAAAAAUGUAUUUAAAAAAAAUAACAAAAUACAACCCCAAAAAAAUGCCAAUAAAUGAGAGCCAUGAGAG